AUGGCACCUCAAGGUCUACAGUACGCCGACGCCGACACCGACGCCAGCAGCCGGGCCUCUCCCGAGGACCAGCUCCGGCCUCCUCGAGCCCGCUCGCCGUCCUUGUCGACCAUCGCCGGCAGCAUGCGCCAGAAGCUGAAGGCCCUCCGGAAGAAGAUAGUGCAGGGCCAGACCCUCGUUCCGGCAGCCGAACCGGACGGGAGCGGGAACGACAGGUCUCAGUACUUGCUGAGCUCGACCGGCCUGGUGGAGCCGGACGUCAUGGCCCUGCGCUUCCCCUUGCUAUCGUCCCGGCAUCAGGGCUCCUGGGACGAGAGCCGAAUUAUUUUCAAUCGCAACCGCAAUUUCCUUACCUCUAGCAGAGAUAAAAUGGUUAGUCCCGACAGGCUGUGUACUAACUUUCAACAUGCCAUAAUGCCGAGAAAGUGGCCGGACGAGGAACUAGAGCUCCAGCGCGAGGUGAUUAAGAAAUACGAAGCGGGAGUCAGGCUGUGGACUAAAGAGGAGCUUCUCGCUAUGGAGGACAUGGCUACUGGUCUUGGCGGCAAAGUGUGCACUCCUCUCUACGCCGGACAGGGGGAGUAUACCGUUGAGAAAGAAAAAGGGUACUUAUACAAGGUCGAUUUCCACGGCUACAAAGCCUUAGCUUUCCCGCUUUCCUCCCGCGCCAACGGGACGCCAUACAGCUCCAUGACCCUCAGCAAAAAGCCCGCCUACACCCACAUCCCCACGGACCUCGACGAGCAGGAAGACGUCUUCCACCGGUGGUGGACCAUCUGGGACACCAGCUCGAUCGGGCGCCACUUCCACGCGUGCAUGAUGCGGCUCCCCUUCCCGCCGUACAUCAACAAGAUCGUCUGCAUCGGGCUCGGCAACUUCGUCGCCGCCUCCGCGGACGCAGAUGCGAACGCCAACCUCCCCACCCCGCUGCAGCACGCCAUCCUCCGCCACGCGGCCGUCCUGACCGUCGCGGACGCCCUGGACCGGCGCUUCGGGCGCGAGAUACGGGUCCUGGCGCAGGACCCCGAGUACACGCCGGACUGCGCGGCGGUGCUGGCGCGGCGCGGGUUCGCGAUCGUGGGGCGGCACGGGGCGGCCGGGCUCGCGGAGAUCGACGACAAGACGUUUGUGUUCGCGCCCUCGCCGGGGUUCUGCGUCAAGGAGGUCGUCGCCGACAUCGCGACGCCCGCCGGCAUGUUCUGGGGCAUGAUCACGACGCCGGAGGAGGAGAGGGACAGGGAGAGGGGGAAAACGAAUGGGCCGGGGGUGGAUUUCGGGGCUGGGGUUAUGGGGUAUUGGAACCCUGACAACACAGAUCCCGACACGCCCCGUGUCCGCCUACUUGGCAAUCAGUACGGCAUGCACCCGUUCCCGUACACCAACUUAUUUGGGGACGUGGCGAUAUAUUCGCUCAGAGGGUAG